UAUGAAGGUUAUUGCUUACAAAUAAGUCGUGGAACAACAAUUAGCUAGCCUUGAUCGGGUGAAUUUCAAAGAAUGGAAUAAGGAAAAUCGUGCAGAAUUCAUAAUAACUUUGAACAUCAUUCUACAAAAGUUUAAUUAAACUUUAUAGUUGGUGCAGAUCGUAUAUAAUAAUAUUUCAAAUCUCAAAAGUGUCGAGAGACUACGAAAGCGUUCGUCAUUGGUUCUGGUUGCAGUACAGCUCUAUAGGGCUCAGGCACUAUCUGGUUUGUGCCCUUUUUUCAUUGCAUGGCGUCACCUAAAACAUUCUACCCAUAGGAACACAUUCGGUUCGAUUCGAUCGAUAACUGAAUAGAUGUGCGUCUUCUAGAAAGUGCCGAGCAGGUGUGUGCUGUGCAAGAUCCAAACCACGUAAAAUGCCGCAGGAAAUUAAACGGGAACGUAAAACUGCUCAGUCAAUGAUGCGCCCGAAAUCUAUUCACUGGAAUGAAGCACCACUAUCCCCCUGUCCCAUCCCCGAUAUUAGUGACGAUGAGCUGGUGUCGAUUACGGUACGCGAUCUCAAUCGUACGCUUAAAAUGAGAGGUCUAACCCGCGAGGAAAUUGUGCGCAUGAAGCAGCGGCGUCGUACGCUGAAAAAUCGAGGAUAUGCCGCCAGCUGCCGCAUAAAGCGCAUCGAGCAGAAGGAUGAACUGGAGACGGAAAAAUCACAAGAAUGGCGGGAUAUGGAGCUGAUGCACGAGGAAACCGGUCGAUUGCAGGAAGAGAACGAUUCGCUCCGUAACAAAUACGAGGCGUUGCGAAAGUUUGCUCUUUCGAAAAAGAUUCCACUACCGCCGGAGCUUGACGUGCUGUGAAGUGAGGUCAAGACGUGGCCAAUGACCGUGCCGAAUGUUUCACUGCUGUAACUAAUUUGUUUAUAUUCCAUCUCAGUACUUCGAUUAGUAUAAUUGUAUAUUGAACAUUAAAAUAAUAAAGUAACAUUUUAUAUUCUA